GCAAGUCGCUCGCUCGCUCAUCAUCCGCAAGAUCGCCCACCCCGGUGAUCGUCCAUUCUUUCGACUUCUGCCGCUCAAACGUCCAGGCACAUCACAUUGCCAAAUCGACUCCGUCCCAGAUCCAAGUCUCCGAUUCUCUCUAAUAAUCUCCCCCCAAUAACAAAAUGGCCGUUCGAUCCCUCGUCGCGACCCUCCUGCUGGCCUCGUCCGCCCUGGCCAAGACGGACCUCGCCGGCUGCACCUACACCGACGUCGUCGUCUUCCCCAGCGGCCGGCCCUCGUACGAGGCCUACGGCAGCCGCAUCUGGUACGUGCCCGGCUCCGGCGAGCUGUGCGAGUUCCUCGACUGCGGCGGCGGCCGGGCUCCCCCCAAGACCACCGUGCCCGGCUGCCCGCUGUACUCGGGCACCGAGACGUACUCGCCCAGCUACCUGGACCUGCACACCAAGGCUGCCGCCGCCGGCUCUGCCACGGCCACGGGAUCGUCGUCGGGCGCGUCCACCACCACCGCCGCCGGCGACGCCCAAGUGACGUCGCAGCCCACCGCCGCUCCGGCCACGACCUUUGAGACGUCCGUGUCCGAGACUGCGUCCGAGGCCAGCACCACCAGCGCCGUCGUGCCCGUCCAGUCCAGCUCGUCUGCGUCGUCCACGGCCACUGCUUCCCAGGGCCUGACCACGGGCGCCCCCGGCCGCAACAGCACCGUCACCGGCUCUCGCCCUACCAGCACCUUCACCACCAACGGCGCUGCUCCCACCGCCGGCGCUGCCGUCCUCGGAUCUUUCCUGAUUGCCGGCGUUGCGGCCGUUGGUCUCCUGUAGAAGGGAUGCAGGGAUGCUGUUUGACUGACGAACCAUGUAUGUAAUGAUGCAGAGGAGAGGAGAAGGGAGGAGAGUGGCAGUGGUAGCUAGAGGAGAGAAUUAAUGCCUUCAAUGAC